AUUAAAAAAAAAUUACAAUUUUUUGUAACAAAGUUAUACCAAAACUAAUAAAAAAUAAAACCUAGCUCUGUAUCUAAAUAGACAAGACAUUUUUAUUCUAUAAAAAUGUUGAAAUUUUGUAAGUACAAUAAAAAUUGUUGCUAGUUAGCUAAAAACUUGAUAGUAUAUAUUAUAGGUAGUAGGUAUACUUAAAUUUUUGUAUGGUAAGUGAGGGAUGAAUGAAGAGAACGAAUAUAUUGUACGAAGAUGAACUGCGGACAUCUGACGAGUGCCGUACUCCUUGUAAAAUAUUUCCAAUCCUGUUCCUCCUUUCGUAUUUAAUUACUUACUUCAUUAAACAGAGUUACACUUUGUUUAGACAAACAUAGUGUACCAUUGCAGAUUUUUUUCAUUAAAUAAAAUAAUACUUUGUAAAUGAACAAUUUCUUCACCAUCUGCUAAUUUUAGCCGCGAAGAUGUGUAUCAUUAUCAAGAGUUAAUUCCCUAACUACUUAAAAUUUAUUUGAGAGUUAUUUUAAACUAAACAAUAUUUUCACAAUACGUAUAACGUAUAACGAAGGUAUUUUAGAAAAAAAUCAACGAUACAUCCAUCCAUCCAUCCUAGUCCCGAAACCGCCCCCAAUGCCGCCUCUAUCCGUUCCCACGCCAUACCCUCGCGCGCGGCCGUGUGGCGGCACUCGGCGGCAUGUCCAUCACGAGCGCGGUCGCCAACGCGCACGCCGCCGCCGCGGCCGGCGCAGGCAAGAAGGCCGCGCAGGUGCAGUUGCAGGCAGAGCUGGCUACGGACGACGAGUGGAACAAGUUCUUGCUCAGAGAUGGUUUGCUCGUUGUGGACGUGUACACCGAAUGGUGUGGGCCGUGCAUCGGAAUGGUGGGCAACCUCAAGAAGAUCAAGGUGGAGAUCGGCGGAGACAACCUGCAUUUAGCGAUAGCAAAAGCUGAUACUAUAGAAUGCCUAAAAAGAUUUAGAAACCGAAGUGAACCGACGUGGAUGUUCCUGGCUGGUGGUCAGUUGGUGAACGUAGUGUUUGGCGCGGACGCACCACGGUUGGCGCGUACCAUCGUCGAGGAGCUGAAGGUGGAGGAGCAGGUGAAGAAAGGAGAAAAGGAACGAAUACAACGAGCGCCUCACGAGUUGACUCCCCCAGAACAGGAGGUAGCUUCAGCCCAAGAGAAGCUACUCCAACAGCGUCGGGAGAAGGAAGCAGUCGCGGCCGAGGAAGCGCGCCUGACGAGGAGGGAGAAACGCGCCGUCCGCCUCGAGACGCACUUCAUGGACGUAUGCCCUGGGCUCAUGAUGCCGCAUGCGCAGAAAAACCUUAGGAAAAUUUCCGAUGCUCUUGAGCCUUAUGGUGUGUUAGUAGCAGAUAAAUGUCCAUUGGUGCUAGGAAAGGACGGAGCAAGAAUUCUGGCAAUGGAGGACCCAGAGUUUGGACAGCCCGAGGCAGCCGCCGCCCUCGCUGAAAGGCCUUCACUCGCGCUGCUUCUCAAGAAAAUGCCGGACAAAGAAGGAAACGUAAUCGAAUUGGUACGUCGCGCUAUAUUCGGUGAAGGCCUGGAAGCAGAAGAUGAGGAAUCAGCCAAGAAAGUAGUUGCUGAAGAACUGAUGGCUAAUGGCGUGCCAGGGCUGUUUGUGCCAGCUGAUCGGCAUCAGAGAGCAUCUAUUUUAGACCUACUUUUCCCGAAGAUGGUAGGAGCCCUGGUGCAGCCGCCCACGCCACCGGAGCCGCCGCACCUCGCGAUGGUGUUCGGCGCGUGGCAGCGAAGAGCUAUCCUUCAAAUUGCAGCAUCACCGAAACUGGCUCCAAGAAUGCUGCGCUAUGGAUUUUUCACUGAUGCCAACAUAAAAGAACCAAAACUGCUGUGCAAAACUUUGGAAAAAUAUGAGGAACGACCUGAAAAGGAUCAUUCAGAAACUAUAGUCCUCAUGGUAGCCGUAGGAGUGGCUGAGCCACUGCUGGCGGACCCCAAGGACAUUCCGCCUGACGGGCCUCCUGACGAGCUGAUGACCCUAGGUCCGCUACACGUCAGCGAGGACACGGUGGUGGGAGCUGAGGAGUGCGAGAGGUUCUUCCCUCCAGGCUAUAGUGAACCAGAGCAUAAACCGAAACCAAAAUCUAAGAAGAAGAAAAAGAAGCGUCAGGAGACCAAAGACGAGGCAGAACAAGACGGGAGCGUAGACACGGCUAACGACACCGUCGACGAGGCAGAGGGCAACGGAGAGGGGUCCGCUGAAGGAGAAGGCGAGGAGAACGGAGAUGGAGAAGCGGAGGGCGAGGGAGAAGGGGACGCAGAGGGAGAUGAGGAAGAAGACAAGCACGUGGACAAGGCAACAUCUCCUCCGCCUACAUCAACAUAGCCUCUGUAAUAUAUCUGGUCUUCUACAAAACCUUCAAGCUCCGGACCUUGAAGAGAGUUAAUUCACUGGAUUCACCAUGAUAGACAGUUAGCAUUGUAUGGACACGACGUUAGCAAUGUUCACGCCGAUUAAGUGCGAUUUAUUGAGCCCUGCCAACCAACAACCAAUGUGAUGGGCUGUUAGAAUAGAUUUUUGUCUGUACCAAUAUUACAAAUCAAAUCCAAUGAUCCAGUGUCUGGAUCUAACCGGUUCACUCACUAGAUAUCACAAUUAGAAACACUUAGGAGCUUUCAAAAGUCUGUCAGUCGAUAUAAUUAUUCUUCUACAGAACAUGCAAAAGUUCGAACCUCGAAGGGAGUUAAUCCGCUAGGUACACACUGAUUUAAUAUCAUGCAAACAUAACAUAAUUGCGUUUAUACAGCUGUUAGAACAAAGUGCUGUUUUGGCGUCCAAACAACGCUUUGUGUCUUUAGAACAGUUUAAUCACUGGCCGGCGAUCACGCUUGAAAAAAACUCAAGCUUUUGCAAAGCUUUGGCGUUUUUGCGACAGAGUCGAAAAAUAUGUCACUAUAUUGAUUCUAAAACCCGUUUUGAAUAUAGAAUUUUUAAAACUAACAAAGGGGACCGAACAUUUUGGGUCUACCACAUUACAGAAAAUUCUUAAUAAUAAAUCAAAAUCACCAAAAAUAAUUGCUAAUAUUUUUUUGGAAAUGUGUAUUUUUGAAAUCGUGCAAUUGUAUAUUGUAUUGUAUAAUGUAGAUAUUGCCCAUAUCUUGAUUAUAUAACUAUCAAUAAAACUGAAAUUAAACCAGUCUAAAACUGAUAUUACUAUUUAUUAAAUGAUACUAAUUUGGACAUUGUAAUGGACCUUAAAUUCGGGCCCUAUAAUGUAUGAAAAAUGGUCGAUCUCCUUUGAUAUUGUUUUAAUGACCUGGCAUUUGUUAAAGCUACAAGAUUAUUAGCUGGCAUGGUGAAGAAUAUACAUACUCGUAUUGUAUUAGUGUUGGACACAGAAAGUACUGCACUGCUGAAAUAUGAUACUUCAUAUCGAUAUCAACGCAUUUUACUUUUUUGGCAAGCUGUAGGUGCCUGAAUAUACGAGUGUUACAUUUGAAAUGGAAAAUAAAAAAAGUA